GGCCAAGCUUUUCUUCCAAGCUAUGGUAGCAACAUUAUGCCUGCUGGUCCCUACAGGAACCCAUCUAGAAGCCCUUCAGUUGAUAACAUUACCAAUCAUAGAUAUUCUACAGGUUCAACAGCAUCGGCUAGCUCAUCAGGCACCUGGUCAAAUAGAGAGAGCACAGAGCACUCAACACCUGUUAGAAACAACCAAGGUGGACAACAACAGCAAGGUUAUGAGCAAGACUCAUCAUCUCUAGCCCCACCCCACUCUUACCCAGGGGAUCCACCAAUGUCACAUGGCAUGGAUUUACCACCACCACCACCUGAGAUGUUACAGCAUGGGGUACAAUCACCAGGCAUGGUACCUCCUAGUCCUACCUCAAGGAUGAACCACUAUGGUGUUCCUAAUUCACCUCAUUACCCUCCACAAUCACCUAGUGGCAAUGGUGGUUACUACAACCAGUUUCAGUUUCCUGCAUCAGCUGGUAGUUCACCUAGUAGACAACCAUUUAGAAAUAAACCCAGCUUUGAUGAUCCACCAUGGCUUCGCAAUCAUCAACCUAGGAAUAGACCUCCAAGUGGUUCAGAUUAUCCUGAGGAUCAUACUGCAAAUGGCCAAGCAAUGAGAGGUCAUUUAGGAGGAGGAGGAGGAGGAGGAAUGAUGGGAUAUCAAUCAUUACAUCAUAACAAGUCUAUGAUGCAUACACAUCCCGCACAUAGUAUGGAUAACAUGUUGGCUUCAGACUUUCAUUGCAAUGAUUCCCAAAGACCUCAUAGUGAUGGUAUAUCUGACUUCCAUGUAGAUGCCAUAUCGGCUCAACAUGAAGGUAUUAAGGAUGCAGAUAGAAUAUAUGAAUGGUUAAGGAGACAGAGGUUAAUGGAGUAUACCAACAACUUCACAAGGUCUGGAUAUGACAUGCCAACCAUAGCCAAGAUGACACCAGAGGAUCUGACAGCAAUCGGUAUCACCAAACCUAGUCACAGGAAACGUAUAACAGCAAUGAUUGCACAGAUGAGAGAAUCUGAUCCAGUACCAGCAUAUAUACCAGGGGAUGUUGGGACAUGGCUGAGACUACUAGAUCUUAGUCAGUACCAUAAUACCUUGAUGACUAAUAGCUAUGGAGUUAUGGAUGAAGUCUUUCAUAUCACUUGGGAAGAUCUUCAGGACAUUGGCAUUGAUAAGCUAGGUCACCAGAAGAAAAUCAUGCUUGCUGUUAGGAGGUUAAAGGACUUGAAGAAAAAAGGUUGGGUACCAGGUCAUCAACUGAACAGUGAUUCCGGUGGCAGUGGAUCACCGCAAUCCUCAGUGGACGGCAUCACUCCACUUCCUGCAGGAUUACACUUACCUCUCCAGGAGAGAGCAUCACCGCAGUCACCGCAGCAGGAGUUUGUGAACCCACCCCUCGCUAGGAAACAUUCAGGAGUUCGGAGCAGCCGUGAGAGUUUAAGUAGUGAUAUCAGCAACAGGUCAGCAGGCUCAUCAUCACAGGACACAACAACACCACAGGACCCACAUCCACCUAUCAUGCACUUGAGGCAUCCUAAGCAUCAUGCAGAUGCAAGUUAUGUACCAGCGACUGCAACAAUGAAUGUUGGUGAUGAUGGGAAACGUACUCCUUCCCCGAAAGAUACGCCAACAUCGGAACCAAAGAAUGCUAAAGAAGGACAUUAUGGUUCGUUUUCAACCUUCAAGCAACCAAAUGCCAAUACAACACAGACAUUGCCAGUACAAAAAGGACCUCAGGGUAUUGAUAAAUUAAUUGGUAUCCAUAAGAGAGAGCAAAGUAAUAGAGACUCUAUUGAGAGUGCAUCAAGUUUUGGGUCAGGGUCUGGGUCUGGUUCAGGGGAUCAUUCUUCAUUGGGUUCAAAGAAAUCGUUACCCCCUGCACCACCAAGAAGGACUAACUCAAUGAUAACGACAGUCCCUGACCCUGAGAAACUAAGAACAGCUACAAUAGGUAGGAAAAAGUCCAUGAAACCUUUCCACGAUAGGGAGUCUGCAGUUGCUGCUGGAAUGGCCAGGCAUCCAGAGAUUACAUCAGGGUUUGCGACUAUCAAAAGGACUCCAUCAAGAAAAACUGAUACAUUGAAGAGAAUGCAAAGAUCACAAUCUCAUGAUAGUGAGCCCUUGUCGGCCAUCAUCAGUCGAUCGUCGGAAGUAAUUUUUAAACCCCCUGCAGCGCCCUCUGUUCCAAAAGUGACACCAGACAUGAGAUCUGGAGUCGGACAACCCGGACCACGCGUGGCACCUUCUGAUGGACAGGAAGAUGCCAACAAUAGAAGGAUGGAAGCUGAAGAGAUAAAUGCAAUGCAAAGAGGAAUGCAAGCUCCAAAUCAAAUGAUGAAUGCAGUUAUUCCUCCUGUUGAAAGGACUUCCCCAAACCACAUUCAGCAUCAGGAAACACCUAGUCAACUGGUGAAUGAAAAUCCCCAGCAAGCUCAAAGAACUCAUUCUCCCAAGCAUGUCCAUCAACAACAAGUCCUUAAUCAGAAUCAAAUGAUGAAUUUUCCUCAACCCCAGGUCCAAAGAAAUAAUUCUCCUAAGCAUGUCCAACAACAGCAAAUUAUUAAUCAGAUGCAAAAUCAAAUGAUGAAUGCAAAUCAACCACAGGUUCAAAGAACGACUUCUCCCAAGGAUGCACAAUAUCAACAAGCACAAGAUCGGAUGAGUAAUGAAAUGAAAAGUGCUACUCCACCACAGGUUGAAAUGAAUAUUUCUCAAGUUCAAAGGACUUCACCUAAACAUAACCACAAUCAAGUAGGGCGCAAGAAUUCUAAUUCAUCAUUGUCUAUGCAAGGUGGUAUUCAAACACCUUUCAUGAGUCCUCAACAGGACACGGCUGUUCACCUUCAAAAUGCCCAUAAUCACCAUGUACAAGUACAGCAAGAAUCUAGACAUGAGGUUUCACAACCCCAGAAUAUGAAUGCCAUGCAAGAUCACCCAAUUUACUCAACUAUAAAUGUACCUCAAUCCCCUAGGAAAACCAAUGAGCAACCAAAGAAUUACCUUGUAUCUGAUCCAAACCAUCCUAGUAAUCAGAAGCCUGUGGGAACACAAGCUAUAAAACAAGCACAGAAUAUUCUGUCUGAAGCAAUAGAAUCUCAACAGGCCUCUACUUUUCCAAAUGGAAGCUACCCACAUUCCAAAUUACAUUUACGCAAUGAGGGUAUACUUGACCUACCCAACACGAAUACUGGCAUAUGGGAUCAAGGUCGCUCUUUACCCGAAAGUCACACCAAGUCUUUGUCAAGAAACAGGGCAGCAGAGAUAGGGAGGAGUUUACAGAUUGAGAAACAAGCAAAUAGUUACAGCUUUGUGAUGCCUCCACCUUCUACAGCAACUGUAUUAGAUUCUGGGAGGAGGGCAUCCGCAGCAUCUGCUGUGUCUGCUACUAGCAGCGAAAAUAGUAGCAAUAGUUCUGAUAGCAGUGGUCAACCUCGAAGACCAGGCAGCGCAGAAGUGCUUUGGAAGAAACAAUCCCAAGCAGAUGACAGUACACCAGUAUUACAACCUGUUCUUUCAAAUCCUCUACAAGGAAUAUGGAGACCUAGGUCGAGACAUCAAAAUCGAAACUCAAAUACUGAAAUUGACGAGGAUUUGACAACAGACAUCUCAUCGUCUUCUAAAGGAUCCUCGUCUUCCAAAGGUUCAGAGGAAGAUUCACCCAUCAAGACGCAAGCAACAUUUUUGCAGCUGAAGAAACAGUUUUUGAAUACUGACUCUCAACCAUUGAAUUAUCAAACUUUGAAAAGACCUCCAAAGAAACCAGAACCUCUUGCCCCAGAAUUCAGAUCAAGAUCAAGAUCAUUUACAGAGCAAGAUGAGUACAAUCAGUCACCAGUCAGCAAAUAUGCUCCUUUUAGCUUUGAAACCAUGAAUCGUAAUAUGAAUGCAAAUUCUGCAGAAGAUGAAUCCUCCUCUCCCAGAGUAUAUGAAGAAAUUGAGGAUCGACCUAUGUCUUCCUUUAAUAGAUCAAGUCCUCUCACAUCACCAAGACAUUCGACAGUGAGCCAACCACAGCAACCUAAGCCAGUUCCUAUCCCCGUGGUUCCAGUCUCUGUUCCUCAGCAACAUCAUCAACAACUUCCUCACAUGCAUAAUCCAUCUGUCCCUGCAAUUGGGUCAGUCCCUCCUCCACCAGUUGGUCCACCUCCUGCUGUGCCAGUAUUACCAAAAUCCGCACCUCCAGUUACACUAGAAGUUCAAACACAAGUACAGGUAUCCAAUGCAUCUCCUGCUAAGAUACCUUCUCCUUUAUCACCUUCCCUUCCACCCCCACCACCACUAUCUCCAAUGGGACCAGCUGAAAUGUCCUCAUUACCAUCACCACCCAUGCCACCACCACCAGCACCUAUUGCAUUUGUACCUCCUGCACCACCAGUAGUACCAUCAGUCUCUCAUUCAACCCCUCCUCCUGCCCCUCCACCUGCCCCUCCACCACCAACAAACAUGCAGCUGACAAACAUAAUGCAGAGCAAGAAAGCAUCUGCAUUAGAACCAGUCAAUGGGAAACUUAGUAGCAGUGUACCCAAGAAGAUGAUGGGUGAUAUAGGUGGUGGUGUUGAUAUGAUGGCUGAACUUAAGCUCCGGCAGAAGAAAAGACAGAAGGUACCUGUAGUAUCGGAGAGCUGGGAAUCAAACUCAGACACUAUUAAACGUAAACCAGCUUCUCCGAACGAAUUGGUUAAUGAAGAGGUAGCUGUACAUUCUAGCGACUUAAAAGAGUUUCCACCUCCUCCACCGGAACUUACUACAUCACCACCUUCUGUAGAAGUGAAGAAAAGGGCUGUCCCACCAGUAGUCAUGCCCAAGACGAAAUCUCCCCCAAAACCUUCCAGACCACAGGAGACACCAACCCCUGCACCAACAAGUACACACUCCCCCAGACUUAUCCCAAUAGAGGAACCAUCAAGUAGACUUGUUCCUAUCAAGUCUCCCAAUAACAGACUUGUCCCUAUUGAAGACCCUAAAGAUGUAGACAUUUUCUCAUCUGAUAUGGAUAAGUUGGAGGAUCAAGAUGAGGUGGUGGACUCUGAUAGCAGUGAGAGUAGCGAUACACUUGAUACAGGUCUUACUGGUUUUGAAAAUGAAAACACGGACACCAUCAAGAAACAGCCAAUGAGACUUAGCCCGAGGAGACCGACUUCCGGAGAGACUGGCUCUUAUGGUGCAGAGAUCAUCACUGCUUCUGUGCCUCCAUUCUCUGUUGAUAGAUCUGCUUCUAAUCAUCCAGCCACCAAGAAUUACAUGCCAAUUGAAGAUGCUGCUGCAGAUGCAGACUCUCUAGGUGACGCUACCCUGAAGCUUGAAGAGAUCUUACGAAGCAUGGCAAUGGAGGAUCCUCUUGGUCAACUGCAGGAUGAUGACUGGACUCCACCACCAGCUCCAGUACUCAAACUUCCCCAAACAUCUCCUUCACUCCCAUCUCCACCACUACCACCACCACCACCACCUCCAUCAUCAGAGCCAGAACCUUAUAACAGCGAGGAACCAGCAGAGGAAAGCAAAGAAGUUUUCAAUGACAUUGAAUCCAUGUUUGCUAAUCUAGCUCUGGAUUUGGAUAGCAUGAUGGGCUAGAAAAUGUUAGAUCUAUCUCAAGGUAACCUUCAACUCAUCUGUCAAGGUCACCUAUCAUCUGUCAAGGUCACCUAUCAAUACUAUGAAAACCUGAUAAGCUGGUUCAGGAUUGAUAUCUCCUGGUCCUUUAGGGGAUUCCAACUCCGUCUAUGCUCUAUAGGUGACUUAUCAUCUCAGACCAGAGGAUUGAGGAUGUCACAUAUAGGAAGCAUAAAUGAACUGUUGUAGAAUUUCAGGACAUGAAGUUGGAUGUCUUCAGUAAAGGACCUUUCAACUUUUGCCAUUGUCAUAUUUUGCAGAGAACUGAAAGUCUGGGUCAAAAGAAAAGUAGAGCCUGAGUAAUAUACUACAUGGGCUUAGAUUCUUAUAGUUGAGAACUGAUGGAGAAUGAAAGAUCAAGCCUUCAAAUCAUUCAUAAACAUGUUCUUAAAUUGAUUGAAUGAAUGUUAGGUGAUACAGAAUCAGAACUUAGAUCAUCAUUUGUGAACUGGUGAGUGGAUCUUGUGGUCCUACUAGUACCAUAUUUUCCAUUCAGGUUACAUUGAAUGUGCUAUUGUCAAAUGCUGAAAAGUGAGUGGAAAACACUCUCAAACAAAUGUUUUAAUAUUCUGUAUAUAAACUUGAACAUCAUCAUUUACAUUAUCUUGUACCAUUCACACUGCAGGGAAUCUGAUUUAUUAUAUCAUUCACAUUGAAAAUAAGAAAAAUCUGUGAAUGUGAUAUGAGUGAGAAAAAGAUGUGCAGUGAAGUCUACAUAUUUUCCCCAAGUCCUAGUAUAUUUUCAUACCAGAGUGUGCAAAGCAUGUGUACUCUCCUCUUCAAAGUUGAAAUCAAUUCAAAUCAAGAACAAUUAUGUGGACUCGUUAGAUUUGAUAAGGGCAGACUCACCUGAAGUUUUAAAAUCCUGUGAUUAACCAUGUAACUUACAUACUGUAUAUCUCAACAAAUUUUAUACUUCAUAAUCUAAUCAAUCUAAUCCAUUGAUAUACGGUAACUGUUAGAUGCCCUGUCAGAUUGUAACCAUGGGGUUUGUAAUCAGGGCCCCGUCUUACAAAAGAGUUGCAAUUGAUCCUAUCAAUCGCAACUAUGGAAAGCCAGCAAAGUCAAUAUUUAAAAUGCAUUUUUGUUCAAAUUUUUUUCUAGAUAUGACGUAUAUUCAUAAAUUCAUCGAUUUCUUGACAAUUUGGUGUGUUCUCCUUUGUUUACAAAAGACAUCGUGCAAAUUUCCGGUAGAAAAAAUUAUGACACUGAUGGAUUUCCAUAGAGUUACGUUUGAUUGGAUCAAUCGUAAUUCUUUGUAAGAUGGGGCCCAGUUGUAACUGAAACAUGUUACUUUCAUGGUAAGCUCAUAAAGAAGGUUAUCAGACCUAUGUGUACAUAAUGAAUAUAUAUGCCUAUUUAUUAUACAAGAAAAAAAGAAGGACCUUAUAGAUUAGCAUAGUUGUCGAUUAUGGUACACUGUUUCUGUCAAAUAAGUAUAGAUUACGACCAGGGGGCUGUUUCAUAAAGCUGAUCGUAAGUUGAGAGCGACUUUAAGAACGACUGGUAAACCUUUCUUGUGGUAAAUUAUAUUGACCAUUGAAUGUUCAUUGGUGAUUAUUUAGAGCGUAAUGAAGGAUCACCAGUCAUUCUUAAAGUAGCUUUUAACUUACGAACAGCUUUAUGAAACACCCACCAGACUUACCUAGAUAAGAUAUGCAACAAAUAAUAAAUACCAAAUUAUUUUUUUUGUUAUUGACAUUUUACAGAAUUGAUGUGUAAGCACUGCUUGGUUUUGAGAUGUGAAAGGUCUAUGCAUGAAAAUAUGAUUGUUUUUAAAUGAAACAUUGCAUGUCAUUGAUUUUUUUUUUUUUUUUUUUUUUUUGACUGAAAAAUGUGCUUCUGCUCCUUGAAUAAUGUAUUUUCAAUUGCAUUUUAUUCAUCUUCCUUUCUUUUUAUAUAUUUUUGGAUCACGGACCAAAGGGACAUAAAAUAUGAUAGAAUUGAUUUUUGAUUUUUUUUUGCCAAUUUUUUUCCUCUUCCAUUUCAUAAAGAUUGAUUUGAUCCUCAGGGAAUGUGUGUUAGGAUUACAAACAAGUUUUUAUCAUCCAUAUGCUCCACUCUAAGAUUUAGAAUUGGUUUUCGCUUUGUAGGGCAUCAGAAUAGAGUUGAAUGAUAGCCAUAGCUGAAGAGGUAUUUCAUUCAUAACAAGACUUUACACAUUGACUUAUGAUCCUUUCUUGGUUGCUAUCAUGUUCUCAUUCGGUCAUUCAGCUAUUGAGUGAAAAAUCAGAUUUUUAAAGAUGACAUUGUUUUUAAAUAGCACAUCAAUACAAGGUUUUAUUUACAUUAAUGCUUAGAUGUGUCUACCUGUUGUGCUAGUUAUUUGCCUGUCCGAGUAUAUUACACCUAAACUUUUGCGCAAGGCACCCUCAUGUAUCGUCUACCUACCCUUGUCACUGGUAGAAUACAUCAACUAAUUUGAUAAGGGUCAUACAAAUUAAGUAUUUGUUGAAAUGCUAGUGGAGGUAAAAACAUGAAUAGUCAACUGUCAUGUGUAAGGUCAUGUGUAACUUCUGGGAGGUGUUUCACAAAGAUGUAAGUGUGACUUAAGGCCACCGCACACCUUAUGACUGGUCUGCGACCCGAUUUCAGAAUAAAAUGUAAUAGAAUUUGAUGCUAAUAUUGAGACUUGGAAUAUCUUACUGUGUAAUGUUCGAAAUCAUCGUACGAAUACCUAUGAUCAAAUUUGUGACUAUGCUAUCAUCCUUCUUAGAAUAAAAGCCAAUUUAAUAUCUAGUCGAAAUGACGUCAUAGCAGUCUUACGAUUUGAACCUAAUUUGGACUUAACUCCAAAAUAAGGGCUUGCAAUCUUUCAAAAUUGUUAUAAUAUUAUUAUUUCAAUUAAUUUCAACCUCAAAUAAAAUGAUAUGUUCCAUUCACAUCUUCAG